AUGGUGGUCCAUGAAAAGUGUGAUGAACCUCUAAUCUCAGCAUUACCCCACUCCUCCUUCAGCAGUUCAUCAUCAAUGACAAGCAGCUAUGUGCCUGGGUAUGCCAAGUUAAACAAACGAGGAGGUGCAGGAGGCUGGUCUCCAUCAAACAGUGAUCAUUAUCAGUGGCUGCAGGUGGAUUUUGGUAGUAGGAAGCAAAUCAGUGCUAUUGCAACUCAAGGCAGGUAUAGCAGUUCUGACUGGGUUACUCAGUAUCGGAUGCUCUGUAGCGAUACAGGGAGAAACUGGAAGCCUUACCAUAAGGAUGGAAAUAUCUGGGCAUUUUCUGGAAAUACAAACUCUGAUAGUGUGGUCCGACAUGAUUUGCAACACCCAGUUAUUGCUCGCUAUGUACGUAUAGUUCCUUUAGAUUGGAAUGAAGAGGGCCAAAUUGGGCUAAGAAUUGAGGUCUACGGCUGCUCCUACUGGGCUGAUGUUAUCAAUUUUGAUGGCCACGUAGUGUUACCAUACAGAUUCAGGAACAAGAAAAUGAAAACAUUGAAAGAUGUCAUCUCUCUGAAAUUUAAGACCUCUGAAAGUGAAGGUGUAAUCUUCCAUGGAGAAGGACAACAAGGAGACUAUAUAACCUUGGAACUCAAGAAAGCCAAACUUUUUCUAAAUUUAAAUUUAGGUAGCAACCAGCUUGGCUCUAUUUAUGGCCACACAUCCAUGAUGACUGGCAGUCUCUUAGAUGAUCACCACUGGCACUCCAUCAUCAUAGAGCGCCACGGGAGAAACAUCAAUCUUACCCUGGACAGACGCAUUCAGCACUUCAGAACCAAUGGAGAAUUUGAUUAUCUGGACCUGGAUUAUGAGAUAACCUUUGGAGGCAUGCCUUUUUCUGGGAAGCCAAGUUCUAACAGUAGGAAAAAUUUCAAAGGCUGCAUGGAGAGUAUCAACUACAAUGGCAAUAAUAUCACUGACCUUGCUAAAAGGAAGAAAUUGGAACCUUCUAAUGUGGGAAAUUUAAGUUUUUCUUGUGUGGAGCCACAUACAGUGCCUGUCUUUUUCAAUGCCACCAGUUACCUUGAGGUUCCUGGACGCCCAAGCCAGGAUCUGUUUUCAGUCAGUUUCCUUUUCCGAACCUGGAACCCCAACGGACUUCUUGUCUUCAGCAACUUUGCAGAUGGCCUGGGGAAUGUUGAGAUUGACAUUAAUGAAGGCAAAGUCAGCGUUCAUAUAAAUGUCACCCAAGUAAAGAAGAAUCAAAUAGAUAUCUCAGCAG